UUGGUCGGCACGAAUAAUUAUAUGACUACAUUCAACUUGCUUCCCAAGGUCCUCUCCAUCCCCUGCAUACACCAACCUCAAAGCUAUGACUAUAUAAUCACUAUUCAUUCAUCUCUUUCUCAUAAAUCUCUUUAGCCCACAACUCCAAUUCAACAAGAUGAAAAGAGAGGGUAGGCAACAUGGUAUGGUAAGGACUUAUCGGAUCCUACCAAACCUGAAACCCGAGACCCGAUUCAUUACCCGGUUUGAUUCCCCAACAACAGCUGGACUCUUCACAAAGGUAACCUCCAAGCCCACCAACCAUUCAAAAUUCACCGGCAAAUGUGGCACGCCACGGUGCACCGGCUGCCACCUCCACCCGGUCUCCAAGUCGAAAAACAAGUCCAAAGGUAACCUAAAGCACAAGAAAAUUCGGGUCAUGGAUCAGCCCGAUUCGAAAUUUUCCGGGUUGUCCGCAACCGUGACUUUGAACCAUCUUUUUCAUUGCCAAGUGGAUGAUGAUGAGGUGGAAUAUGAAAGUGGUGACUAUGUUGAUUACCAUGUAAAUUAUUCAUGUUCUCUAGAUGAAGAAGUAGUGGGGUCCUUGCAUAUAGAACAAGUUGAAGAAGAAAAAUAUGAAGAUGAAGAUUGGUGUUUGGUGGAAUGUUGUUCAUGAUUUGAUGAUAUUGUUUGUUUCAACUUUCAAUUUCAAUUGCUUGAAUGUUUAUGUUAUCCAUUUGAGUUAGAACUGUAUCAUUGCCAAUAAAGAGGAAAGCUCCAAACUUGUUUUCUUGUUUAUCCGCUUGACAAUAUAAUGGAUAAAACAUUGGAGUUUGGUGUGUUUUCAUUAUUAAUGUAUUCACUAAUUUAAGAGUUGAGAUGAUGUCUAUUCAUUUCUUCUUUAUUUAGAGACAAAUAGACACAAAAAAGUAGAUGGUGGAGACUACCACUAAGUGGAUCUCAAUGUCAUUAAAAAAAUUAUUUUUUUCCAACUUUUUUGUAUCUAUUUGUCUUUAAAUGGAAAUGAAAUACACGUAGAGGAUCCUAAUCUUAAUUUACUCUCUCUUUAUUAAUGUAAGUUCAAAAUUAUUGUUAAUGUAAUAAUAUAUUCCUCCUGUUCAAAA